AUGGCCAACAAGAAAGAGCCUCCUUUUUUCAACGAAGAUAAUAUGGGACCAUUUCACUACAAGCUUCCUUUUUAUGAAACUAUGGAGCUCUUCAUUGAAACACUCACAGGAACAUGCUUUGAACUGCGAGUUUCCCCUUUUGAAACGGUUAUUUCUGUGAAAGCUAAAAUUCAAAGGCUGGAAGGUAUUCCUGUCUCUCAGCAGCACUUAAUUUGGAAUAAUACAGAGCUGAGGGAUGACUAUUGUUUGAAUGAUUAUAACAUUUCGGAAGGCUGCACUCUGAAAUUAGUUCUGGCUAUGCGAGGUGGACCUAUUAACACUAGAAGAGUUCCUGUGGAAGACCCUAUCAGGGAAAUGGCUGAAUACAUGGAUCCCACUAGAGAUGAGAUUUGGGAAAAAGGGCCAUCCAACAAACAAGUUACCUUCUUAGUAUAUCGAGAAGGAGAUCAGUUGAAUUUCUUCCGUGUGGUAGACCGGGGAGAUGGCACUCUAACGCCAUUAUCUGAAUCUUUGGGCAAAUUGGACCUUUUCAUUUCCUCUUUAUAGAGAAAGGGUGAACACGAACUUUCUUUUAUUUUCAGCGGUGGUUCAGUUUAUAACUUAUAUGCUGAUGAUGAAGAUGAGACAGAGGCAUCACCUUCUGGCCAACAGAUUAUUGAGAAUUCAAUUACUAUGAACAAAAUGAAACUGCUCAAGGCAAAGAUGGAAAACAUGAAUCUGAGUAAAAAGCCUAAGAAAACUGUCAAGGUGAAAUCUCGUCCUCCGAUGACUCCUCGACCAUCUAGUGGCUCAGUGGCUGCUGCUCGUCACCGUUUUUUAAGAGUACUCCCCCAUAUCGGACAGUCCUGCCUACCUCCUCCUGGGAAUUCAUAUCACUCAGAGUCUUCCCAAAACGCACUUUCAGCAUUGGCUACUUUGGCCACUGCUGGUAGAACGAUGCCAUCCACAGCUAAUGACUUUCUUAAGGAAGAUGACACCUGGCAGAGCAACUCCUGGUCACAGUCAAUUAGUAGCAUCAGGUUACCACCAAAAAUAUCUCGUGUCGAACUAGAAAAUGCAAAACUACCUACAAAUAGUAUUCUGACUGCUGUUUCAUCUCCUCCUGAAAAUACAGAAAAAGCCUCUGAAAAUGUGACCUCAGCAAGUGAGGAGGAUGCUGUUUUGUUUCCGAAUCUAACAAAUGUAGAACUUUAUGGAAAAGAAGAAAAACUUCUACCUGAAACAGAUGCUUUUGCUUUGUUAACAGAAGAAAGCACCACUGAACAGUGUAGUGAGAUAUAUGACAUAGGAAAGGUGAACCAAGAACUUGAACUGCCUGAUGCAGAUGAAGAAUCUAAGGUUGCAGAGCAGCAUAGAAAACCUAGUAGCAAAGUGCUGAGCACUACAGCAAUGGGGUCUGGUCUUCUCCGUACUCAUGAAUUAAGUCCCCAGAAAAAUCUGCUUUUGUCACCUCUUCGGUAUUCAGCACAAGCAGCACGUCACAAUUCUCUGAAGCCACAAGCACAACCCAAAUGCUUUGAGGCUGGUAACUUGAGAUCUACAGCCUCUCCAAAUGUUCUUCGAUCAUUGGAAGUCCACAGUUUAGCAGACUCCUCUUUUUCUAGGACUGCUAGAUUCUGUAGCAUGAAAGUAGAGUCACUUGGCAAAAGACCUGAUGUAAUUUCUAAAGCAGAGGCUAGGGACCUCACAGAUGUGGCUAACAAGGCAUCCAGGGAACCUGUGAGUUCUGUAAGUAACAUAGGAUUUCUGGCUUCGCUGGCCCGAAGCACAAACAGGGAAAGUAUACAGAGUUCCUGUGGGACAGGCAGGUUUUGGACUUCUGGUAUUGCACUACCUACAAACCUGCAGCAUUGUCAGGAAGAAAGCUUUAGGAAAACUACUCCUUCAAAUGAAGCUGCUGAAUAUAUUCUAUCUGCGCAUGGGCUUGGAAUGAAUGGAAGUAUUGCCGCUGUAGGGAGAAGAGUAGGUGAAGCAACCCAUCUCCCACCUGUGAAUGGCUCAAUUCAAGCAAAAAAGAAAAUUACAAAGCAUUGCUUUCUUUGUGGCAAGAAAACUGGAUUGGCAACCACCUAUGAGUGCAGAUGUGGAAACAACUUCUGUGCAACACACCGCUAUGCAGAGACUCACACCUGCACCUACGACUAUAAGAGUGCAGGGCGAAGGUAUUUGCAGGAGACCAAUCCCGUCGUUAGUGCACCAAAGCUUCCCAAAAUAUAACACGGUUGUACUGCAUGUGGCCAUUCUGCCAUUGAAGAAUUGUAUUACAUUGAGAGAAGCACUUGCUUAAACAGCAUAAUUUUGCCAUGCUCCGUAUUUAAAGAUUUGCCAAGUAACAAAAGCACAUGAGGAUGCAUCCUAGCGACGAAUAAUGUGAACACUACUGCAGUUAAAACUUUUCUUCCUUAUUGAAUGAAAAGUUAAAGAUUAGUUUUUAAAAACUUACACUAUGUUACUGCACGUCUUGUGUUGUGUUUUAUAUUUGGAAAAGCUAUUUCACUAGACAAGUCUUUAAAAGAUGCACUUUACUAACUUUAUUUACUGUAUAAUCAGACUUGAGGGGGUGUUGUAAUGAGGGUGUCAUGUAAUGUCUUCUGUACUCUUGCGUUUUUUGUCCAUUGCGUGGUAUCUUCUAAGUUAUUUCACUAGAAAGAUCCUCUUCCCUCCCCUUUCUUGAAAUGGCCCAUUUUGAGAUUUUUAAGGGGGUAGUGUGUUCUGCCCCUCUGUUUCAUUCAGAUUGGUAUUCAUACACUGUGUAUCCAUUCUGAAAAUUACGUAUCAUGUUAAUCACAUUUUCUUAAAAUAUUACUGUUUAUAUGACAAGUUUGUUUUUAAAUAGAAAAUUCCCCCUUUGUUGCCAUUUUAACUUCUUUUGUAAUCCUAGAUUUUUUUAAAGACUUCACAGCUUGGUUUGU